UAUUUAUAAUUUUCUUUAAUUUAAUUUUCAGUGUCAUGGAAUGUCAUCGUUGGGCAAACACAUUGAACAGACCACUAAAAAACGCGUGGCUACGGGAUAUAGAAUUGCGUCGGUUAUAGGAUUAUUAUUUUUAAAACUAACCAUAUUUUAUAGGAAUUGCAGGGGGUUGGAAUAGGCAUAUACGACAUUUGAACGUCAGUUUUACCACGUGGAAAUUGAGCUGAUGAUCCAUUUUGUUACAUUAUACGCAAAACUCUCCCUCCCUCAAACGUGGUACGCACUCUUAAAUGUACAUUGCAAGAGCGUGGAAUCGCGGUCGGUCCACCGAACCUAGUGUUUAAUGUUUUCAUCAUGACUUCACAUAGGAAAGAAACCGUCGUGUCCGAGGAACAGAAGUACAUUCAGAACUUCAUUAAUGAGACCUUUCAAGAGCGUUGGGGAAUGUACUUAGAGGUGUAUAAGGUGACUCUUAUAUGGACAUUUAUAGUCUCUGUCUUCUCAUUGGGUGGCCUUAUAGGGGCCCUUUUGGCUGGGCCAAUGUCCAUCCACUUUGGAAGGAAGAAGACUCUGUUACUGAAUAAUAUCUUUCUUAUGUCAAGUGCACUAUUGGCCGUGACAAGCCGGACAGCUAGGUCUUUUGAGAUGAUCAUGAUCUCCAGAUUUCUAGUUGGCAUCAAUGCAGGUGUCAGUAUGAAUGUACAACCAAUGUAUUUUGGGGAAAGUGCUCCUAAGCAUUUACGAGGGGCUGUGUCCCUGUCCUCUGCUGUCUUCACCUCUUUUGGAGUGGUCCUGGGUCAAGUGGUGGGUCUGAGGGAGCUCUUGGGUUGUGAGUCGUGCUGGCAAUACCUGCUAGCCAGUAAUGCGGUGCCAGGCUUCAUUCAGCUUUUCACUCUGCCCUGGUUCCCGGAGAGUCCCCGCUAUCUCCUCAUUGACCGGGGAGACAAAGAUGCCUGCUUGAAAGCACUUCGCUUGCUGCGGGGCUGUGAGGUGCAGAGAAGUGAGCUGGAUGAGAUGUUGCAAGAACAGGCUGAGGUCCAGGGCAAGAGAGCCCAACAGCCCUGGGAGCUCAUCGCUGACCGCUCGGUUCGCUGGCAGCUCAUCUCCAUCACUAUCAUUAGCAGUGCCAUGCAGCUCUGUGGUAAUGACUCGAUUUACUUCUAUGCAUCUUACAUAUUUCAAGAGGCGGGUAUAUCUGCAGAGGACACCCAGUAUGUGACCAUUGGUACUGGCAUAUGUGAAUUCACUGCCUGUAUUUUGUGUAACCUUUUAAUUGAACAGCAGGGCAGAAGGAAUGCUUUUGGUGGGAGGUUAUGCACUCAUGGCAGGCUGGGCUGUAAUUUUCACUGUGGCUCUUCAUUUCAGCAUGUAGUAUACUGGAUGCCUUACCUGAGCAUGGUCUGUGUCUUCACCUACAUCCUCAGCUUUGGGAUGGGACCAGCUGGGGUGACUGGAAUUCUCCCUACUGAGAUCUUUAACCAGACAGCCCGCCCCGCCGCCUACAUGAUCGCUGGCUCUCUAAUGUGGCUUAACCUCUUUAUUAUAGGAAUGGUAUUCCCUUUCCUUGUGAGCGGGCUAGGGCAGUUCUGCUUCGUGCCAUUUGGUGCUGUCUGUCUUAUCACCGCUCUGUUUGUUGGGCUAGUUCUACCAGAGACCAAUGGAAAAACUCUGUCCAUGAUCACAAGCGAGUUCCACAUGCUGAAUUUCCGUGAACAAGAAAGGACAGAUCCAAAGAGUAAACAAGCUCACUACCAACAGGGUGAAGUCAUUCACUGUAUUGCUCUGUAGAAACUGCAUACAUUUACACGUUGGUGUAAGGUGGUUAUUUAAUGUGACCACUAGGUAUCGAUAUGGCAUCGUUUCUGUUGUUACUUAUUGUGGCUCUCCAUCUAGGAAGUCACAGUGUAGUUGUUUUUAUGUCAAAGCUUGAGCUUUGUGAAACACUAGAGAGGAUUUGUUAAGUAUUUCAUCAGCACACUGUAAAUGAAAGAUAAGAGCUAGGUAUAGUGUCUCAACCCAUUUAGUGCACAUCUGUCGAGGGGACAGAACCUGACAUUAUUUUUAUUUUUAUCAAGAAACCAAAGAUGUAUGCUAAUAAAACAGCACCACAAGCUUAUGCACCAGAAUACUGCACUCCCUGGAUUUUUUAUUCCAUUAACCCACAACACAGGACCUCUGAGAAUUCCUAUGCAUUUGAUUGUUUGUCUACUGUAGAGCAGUUAAAGAAUUUAGUCACAUACAUGGUUAUAUUCGCAUGUAUUCUGUAUUGGUUUAUCUUGGCUCAGUUGGUCUUGGCCCAGACUGCAGUGUUUUCAGCAUGUUGAAUGUGACUGUCACCUUCUUGGUCUGUGCUGAAUCUUUCCCACCAUAGAGAAGUAUUUUUAGCUGUAUAUGACUGUGGAAGACUUUUCACUGUCUGUAUAUAAUUGAAUUAUGAAUCAUGAAUUAUGAAUCGUGAACUUAGGUCUAAAAAACACGAAACAUUUAGCUGAGUAUCAACAAUGAUGCCAGAAUAUCUGCAUGAUGUAUUAUUAUAGCUAAGAACAGAUUAAAAUCGUUGUUGCUAGGUAAUUUAGCAAGCUCAGAGGCUAUAGUAUAUGAAAUUUAUUAUCAGAGUAGAUUUAGUUAACAGAAAUGGAAUCCCUUUGUCUUAGCUUUCUUAUUACUAUUAUUACCAAUUAUAGCAAUAUUGGAAGAUAGUGGUUCAUAUCGAUUAUGUUCUUCUUUCUUUCUUCAUUUCUAUAUUAAUGUAUAAAUCUAAUAUCACAUGCCUCUCAUAACUGACUAGAUUCUCAACUAGGCAUUACUUUAUCAUCAAAUUGAAUUCUGUUCCAGUUGCUAUACAUCUGGAAAUGUUGGACCAAGGCAUUGUAAAAUUGGACUUUUAAAAGUCUUGAUGUGGAUCUGGGUCUGGGCUUUGGGGGUUCUGUUCCUGACCCUAACUGUGCUAGGCCAUUUAUUAUAAGAAUCUGUGUUGAGACAGAAGUUUCUGAAAAAUUAAGUUGUUUGGACAUUUGAAAAUUACUGAUAUGGGAUUAGUGCUGAUAUGGGUAUAGAUAUGUGCAAGGCCUGUUUUUGUAUUGCUUUUGUAAGCAGGGAUGCAUCACCCUGACCCAAAAGGACCAGAGCUGAGCAAAGCUGAUUAUUUCCUUGCUUAAGCAUACAUACGAAAUCUGGUUAUUAACUGACAAGAGAGGUGUUUCUGAGCACAGAAAUCAAAACAAACUGUGUUGAGCUUUGGCCCUCCAGGCCUUUUGUGCAGUCUUUCUGGAAAGGGCUGCACAUACCAAAUUGUAAACAUAAUGGAAACAUGGGAUAGCUUUUUCUAUAAUGUGUGAAGAAGUGCAGUAAAUAAUAAAGUACUAAGAGUUAGAAAACCUACUGAGCCAUGGCCAGCUUGAAAGCUUUUCUAUUUUACCUUUUUUUUCCUAGCAGUUAAGGUACAAUAAAGUCUCAUACAUUAUGUUAUCUAUAUAAUCUUCUAUAUUAUUUGAAA